CGAGGCAGAGAAAGGGGAGGUAACUUGGCCCCUUAUGACGACAUAUGGGGCCAUAUUCGAAAUCGGAGCGUCUGAGCUUUCAUUUUUCAAAGGCAGAGCAGGAUACUGUGGCAUCCCGCCACUUAAACCUCGGCCCGGGCGGGUCCGAGGUGGGGUGAUUGACGGCGUAUACCGCCACCACCCACUGAGUGGGGACGAAGAGCAUCACUCUCUCCCCAAUCAGCGAGAUUGGGGGAAACCUGGCCGGAGAAAGCAAGGACAUUUUAAAAGGAGGACGGGAGCAAGGAAGAAGGAAACGCUCUGGUCCGCGAGCGACUAGAGGCCCACGGAGGCCCUAGAGACCGCGAUUACGUUAUUUGUCCCAAUUGUUUGCAAUAAAUGCCGAGUGCGGCUUAACCCUCACUACCACGUGUGAUUCAUACGUGGAACCCGGCACAUUGGGGUAGCGGGUUGCCACAAUACCUAGUGCUCGUUUUACACUGAACGCCGUUCCUAGCCGCUGGGGGUCCAUAGGCAGGCUAGGGGAACUCAUAUUAACGUUAGAAACCUCAUAAAGUGAAAUGUUCAUGCCAUGGGACCGUUGAAACAAAGUGGCAGGGGUAUAUUUCCCAUUCACUUGCCGUGAUCUUUUCAAGGUUGAGGCUUCAGUUGAGGUUACCGUUUCUUCAAGUCAGGUAGAAAGCAGCGUCUGGCCAGCGGCUACAGGGGGUGUAGCUCUCUGCACCGGGAGAUUCAACCCUGGUCUGAUGAGCCGCUCCAGUGGUCCACCGAUGGAGGGAGAGCCUGCGUGUUUAUCAGGGGGCUCCUCCUCUGGUAGGAGCUGUGUCCGUCCACAGCUUGGACUGAGAGCGGUCUGCCCCAUCUGGUGGUAUGAUGACCAUGAUGAUAUCUUGGUGAUGUUCUGCGUGUUCCAGCAGGCUGGGCCUCUGUGUUGUGUUGUAUUGUAUUAUAGUACCUAACUGUGUAGCCACUGCAGUAGCUGCUAUCAUGGCUGUAACACGGGGAAUGGGUUAGCCUAGCGAUUGUUGUCCUUGCACUUGGUUCAAUGAACCUCCUUUCUGUACCGACGGUGAUAUAUUGUUGCACUUCUUAUGACAAAUGUACUUAUUGUAAGUCGCUUUGGAUAAAAGAGUCUGCUAAAGGCCCUGAAUGUAAAUGGUGUCGUGGGAUCCGGCCUGUAGCUGUUUGACCUUUGGUUAAGGCGCAAGGUACCAUGUCUCCACGUAGGCAACCCUGGGCUCGGCAGAUUACGCAAAUGAGUUAUGUGUUAGAUCAUUUGUACGUCUCAGUAAUAUUCAGGACUCCUAUCACUAUAGGAGGGGGGGGGGUCCAACGUUUGGUUGUUAUCAGCCUGUGGCCAUGACGGGUGGAGCUCAGUUUCAUAAUCUAUUUGGCCCGUUGUCAAGGGUCACGCCAACUCUGGAAGUGAAACUAUAAAAGUGUGUAGAAUAUCUUUACACACUCCGUGGACUGGUUUAUUUCACAGACUGUUAAACCACACACACACACACACACAGACACAGACACAGACACACUCUCACUUUGCUCUCUGUUUGUUUCUGUUUAAUUUGAUCGGGGUUGGAUAAAAAGUAUUCGGGGAAGCCCGGUGAACCCAGAGAGAUCAACACCGAUGAAUCCCGGUCACAGUCGCACUAAACCACUAAAUCAACACAAUGUAUGACGUGUUCCUCAGGGUCUCUUUGAGGUCAACACAGAAGAGGAGAACAUACAUCAAGGCAUUUGAAGAACCUCACGCAGUGCAUGAAUUCAGCCCAGGUCACAGUGGGAAAGUUGAAUGUUGAAAGUUGAAGCGGUAUGUCAGUGAACUUUGUCCAUGGGGGCGGAGCCAGGAGUUGGGGGAGGAGCCAGGUGUUAGGGGAGGAGCCAGGUGUUAGGGGAGGAGAGGAGAGGACGUCAUGUUGAGGAAACAAAACGUUCAGAGAAAGGACCACAAGUCCCAUCCUGUUAUUCCUCUAAAGGAGGAAUAUGAAGUGAAGACGGCCCAGCUGGGGAAGAUAGAGGCUGAAGUUAAGCAGUUGAUCCAGGAGAGACAAAAAAAUAUUCAGGAUAUUAAAGACACAGUUAAACGCAGCAAAGCAGACGCAGACAGAGAGAUAGCUGAUGGUGUGCAGGUCCUCACUGCUCUGAUGCGCAGCAUUGAAAAGUGCCAGGAAGAUCUCAACCAAAUGGUUAAAGAGAAACUGAAAUCCACAGUGAAACAAGCUGAAGACCUCAUCAAAGAGCUGGAGCAGGAAAUUGAAGAUCUGACCAAUAGAAGCUCAGAGGUGAAGCAGCUCUCACACACUAAAGAACACCUCCACUUCCUCCAGGCCUUCAGAUCCCUGAAGGUUCCUCCACCCACCAGGGACUGGACCACGGUGGAGGUCCCUCCUCCGUCAUACAUAGGGACCUUGAGGAGAUCCCUGGAUCAGCUGGAGGAGACACUGAACAUGGAGAUGAGGAAGCUGAGUGAUGCUGAACUGAAGAGGGUCCAGAAGUAUGAAGUAGAUGUGACUCUGGAUCCUGAUGCAGCUCAUCUCCAGCUCAUCCUGUCUGAGGAUGGGAAACAAGUACAUGAUGGAGGUGUAGAGAAGAGACUCCCAGACAACCCUAAGAGAUUAUCACGGUGGGGAGGUGUUCUCACGAGGCAGAGCUUCUCCUCAGGGAGAUUUUACUUUGAGGUCCAGGUUAAAGACAAGACUGCAUGGCGUUUAGGAGUGGUCAGAGAGUCUAUCGACAGAAAAGGUGGGACAGAGUUGACCCCUGUGACGGGUUACUGGACUCUUCUCUACUACCAGGAUGUGUUGGUAUUUAGUGAUAUCCCUGAUGUCCGUGUCCCUCUGAGAGCUGAGCUCCAGAAGGUGGGGGUGUUUGUUGAUUAUGAUGAGGGUCUGGUCUCCUUCUAUGAUGUGGAAGCCAGGGUUCAUCUCUACUCUGCUACUGGCUGCACCUUCAGUGAGCCUCUCUAUCCACUCCUCGACCCAGGUCCCCGUGUUUAUGAAGGUAACAACUCUGCCCCCCUCAUCAUCUCACCUGUCAAUCAAACAGAUUGGACCUUUUUUUGCACCAGGGUUCGUUUGGAAGCGAACCAAGACCACCUCUCGGGCUGGGUCUCGGACCGGCUGGUUGGUCCGCUCCAGAGUUCGAUGGUUUGUAUUCACACCAGCCAGAAAGGAAUGGCCUCUGCUAGCACCUCCUGGCCUGAAGAGAACUUUUCAUGUUCCAUCUGUCUGGAUGUGUUCAGCAGCCCAGUUUCCACAACAUGUGGACACAACUUCUGCAGAACCUGUAUUACUAAGUUCUGGGAUGGACAAGUCAAGUACAAAUGUCCCGUUUGCAACAAGCUUUUCAACACAAGACCUGAUUUACGGGUCAAUAUCCUCUUUUCAGAGAUGGUUGAUCGGUUUGGAACGUCCCUACGAGUAAAAGAGCAGCCUUGUGUUGAACCAGGAGAAGUUCCCUGUGACGUCUGUACUGGGACCCAGCUGAAGGCCGUGAAGUCCUGCCUAGUGUGUCUAAUCUCUUACUGCCAAACCCACCUGGAGCCACAUCAGAGAGUCGCAGGCCUGAAGAAACAUCGGCUGGUCGAGCCUAUGGACCGUCUGGACGACAGGAUGUGUAAGAAACACGACCGACUUCUGGAGCUCUUCUGCAAGACUGAACAGGUGUGUGUGUGUCAGUUCUGCAAAGAGACGGACCACAAGUCACAUCUUGUUAAACCUCUAAAGGAGGAAUAUGAAGUGAAGACGGCCCAGUUGGGGAAGAUAGAGGCUGAAGUUAAGCAGUUGAUCCAGGAGAGACAAAAAAAUAUUCGGGAGAUUAAAGACACAGUUAAACGCAGCAAAGCAGACGCAGACAGAGAGAUAGCUGAUGGUGUGCAGGUCCUCACUGCUCUGAUGCGCUGCAUUGAAAAGUGCCAGGAUGAUCUCAACCAAAUGGUGAAAGAGAAACUGAAAUCCACAGAGAAACAAGCUGAAGACCUCAUCAAAGAGCUGGAGCAGGAAAUAGAAGAUCUGACCAAUAGAAUCUCAGAGGUGAAGCAGCUCUCACACACUAAAGACCACUUCCACUUCCUCCAGGCCUUCAGAUCCCUGAAGGAUCCUCCACCCACCAGGGACUGGACCACGGUGGAGGUCCGUCCUCCGUCAUACGUAGGGACCUUGAGGAGAUCCCUGGAUCAGCUGGAGGAGACACUGAACAUGGAGAUGAAGAAGCUGCGUGAUGCUAAACUGAAGAGGGUCUUGCAGUAUGAAGUAGAUGUGACUCUGGAUCCUAAUACAGCUCAUCCCAGGCUCAUCCUGUCUGAGGAUGGGAAACAAGUACAUGAUGGAGGUGUAGAGAAGAGACUCCCAGACAACCCUAAGAGAUUUAAAGUGUGGGGAGGUGUUCUCACGAGGCAGAGCUUCUCCUCAGGGAGAUUUUACUUUGAGGUCCAGGUUAAAGACAAGUCUUAUUGGUGUUUAGGAGUGGCCAGAGAGUCCAUCGACAGAAAAGGUUGGAACAGUUGGACCCCUGGGACGGGUUACUGGACUCUUCACUACAACGAGUAUGUGUUGGUAUUUAGUGAUAACCCUUCUGUCUGUCUCCCUCUGAGAGCUGGGCUCCAGAAGGUGGGGGUGUUUGUUGAUUAUGAUGAGGGUGUGGUCUCCUUCUAUGAUGUGGAAGCCAGGGUUCAUCUCUACUCUGCUACUGGCUGCACCUUCAGUGAGCCUCUCUAUCCACUCCUCUGCUUAUGUACCCCUGUUUAUCUAGAUAACAACUCUGCCCCCCUCAUCAUCUCACCUGUCAAUCAAACAGACUAGGACCUUUGUUUGGUAAUAAAAUAAUCAAACGACCAAAUCAACUAAUGUUGUUUCCUGAAUUAGAAUCUCUACUAUGGGAGGUCUGAGAGAACUGUAUUCAUAUCUUACUUUUCACUGUCAUCUAAGGAGUAAUUCAUUAAGCCACUAACAAUGUACUAUAAAAAAUAUAACCCAUUAUAACCUAUAAGACUACACUAUAAAGUUCAAUGUCUUUUAUCUGAACGUUUUUUAAUAUUUUUAAUUAAUAAAAAAAUAAAUGUAUUAGAUAAGGUGGAACAUUGAUUUUGAUAACCUUAUCAUAAGUUUAUUUAACCAAAUGGUAAUAUUCGUUUAUUUUUUUAAUCAUGUUUUCCAACACAAUACAAUGUUUGUAAACUUUUGAGAUUUGAAUAAAAAUGUACUAAAAGUAGAA